CUGUUUAUCUACCUGGGACAUUUUAGCUUUAUGAUAUCACUCCUCCUUUUAACUCAUGCCUGUCAUUUUUUCUUUUGUUGUAAUCUGUAACAUUUUAUUAAUUCUAAAACCAUUCACUUAACAACUUUGGCCUUUUAUCAAGUAAUAACAAAAGUUUACCUCUGCACAGUGCAGCUAGUAAUUUUAAACCAAAAGUUGUGAUUACUUUCCCACCUCUGGGGAUGGUAUGAUCAACUACUAAGCAAGGUUUUUGUUUUGUUUGUUAAUAGAGGCGCUGGGGAUUGAACCCAGGACCUCAUGCAUGCUAAGGUAAGCUCUACCACUGAGCUGUACCCAUCCCUAAAGGUUUAAAGAUAGUUUUGCCCAAGCUGGUGUUUUUAAACAGAUGAAAUUGGAAAGUUCUUCAGUUUCUUCAGAGUUGUGUUUUCAGAGUAGCCAUUUUGGUUUUUUGACUUGAGGGGUUGUGGUCCUAGCAUAUUAAGUUAAAAGACCUCUUGAGUUUAAAUCCACAGAGAUUUAGAGUGGCUAUAUGGUGGGAGUUCUCAGGUUAGCCUGGAGAGUUAGUAUGAAGUCCACAAUUGUCUGACAUCUGGGUGGAAUUAGCAAAGCCAUAGACAUUUAGUGCUCCUUAAUGUAACUUUCUGCCCAUCUCUCCUGCCACUUGUCGUACAAUGUCGUUGUGAUUUAGCAGUUUUCAGGAGGGCUCCAACCUGUCCACUGAAAUGUACGGUAAGAGUUAAUGGGAAAUUUCAAUUUGGUUUAAGAUUUCUUACCUUUACCCUUGGGAAACCUGUAGGAAAUUUACCCUGGCCUUAAAGAGCAGCAGAGAAGUGCCCUUGGCUCAGUCCUCAUUAUGUAAUAGAGUCAGUGGUUCAAAAAUCAAAACUACAUUAAAAAGUACUCAUUGAAAAGUCUUGCUCCUACCUGUCCCAUCAAUCCCACUCCUCCUGCCUCAUAUUUAUUAAGCAUAAAAAAUAUAUUCUUAUUUUCUCCCUCUUCCCCACAAAAUUUAGCACACUGUGUAGCUUGUACCUUUUUUUUUUUUUAAAUGAUGCAUCCUGCAGUUGCCGGCUGUAGUCCUAAUUGUGGUUCCAUUUUACCAGGUUUUAUAAUGAUUUUACAGAAUGGUAUUGCUAUACCUACAGCUCCUAAAUUGACAACACAUUUUGGAGCAAGAUGUUCUAUUACUUUUAUUGUUCACAUUUAAUGUGAAUCAUGGUCCUAAAAGCAUCAGAAUGUGUUAAUAUCUUCCGAAGAAGAGAGAACAACACUAUUGUGGAGUGUAGGUCUUGCCCAGUUUAUAGUUACAACGAAUAGUUCUUUAGUCACUGUGGUAUCCUGAGUCUACUUCAUUCUUAAUAUACUUAGUCUUUAGCAACUUCCUGCAAAUAUGUGAACAGAAGAUCUUGAAGAUACCUGGGUGCAUUUUCUGGGGAGAAGGACAACCUAUUAACAUUUCAAAAGCGUCUAUGAUGCCAGAAAAUUAUGGAGCUGCCGCCGCUGUCCAAAGAAGCGCUGAGGGGACCAGGCAGGUCAGAGCGAGAGCGAGUCUUCUCCCUGCGUUGGAGGAAGCCUCUCAAGCAGCGGUGCGUCUGAGCGGGUUAGCAAGCGGCUUUGUGAAGGGGAGCUGGGUGCGGAAGAAUGCGGGGCCAGGGAAGGAGCUAAUGGGUUGGAUUGAUUGCGGCUCAGGAGUCAGGGGACCGCACAGACACGUGGUUGAGCCGAGCAGAGCCUGGAUAAGGGGGGCGGGCGAUUUUAGGGCGGGGCCGGGGGAGAAGGAGGGGCGGGGCGCUCCUCGGCCGGACCUGUCUUGGGUACCUGCCUGUUGGCUGGUUGGAGGCCUCUGGCCGAUAGAGGGCGCUGUGGGUCAGGCGCUCCCGACGCCGCGGGCGCGUUGGUGGGACCGCGCGUGCGCGCGGAGCUGCGGAGAGCGGCGGCUGACCGCGCGGAGCCGGAGCUGAGACUGCGGGCGGGGACUCAGGCGCGGCCCAUUGUCCCGCCCCCCGGCGCCGCCCAUUGUGCCGUGACGCCUGCACCGCCCUGGCGGCGUGGCGGGGGAGGGGCGGCCCGCGUCGCCGCCAGCGUCGCCGCCAUGGACCUAGGACCUUUGAAUAUCUGUGAAGAAAUGACUAUUCUGCACGGGGGCUUCUUGCUGGCCGAGCAGCUGUUCCGCCCCAAAGCCUUGGCAGAAUUGACGAAGUCGGACUGGGAGCACGUUGGGCGGCCCAUUGUGGAGGCCCUGAGGGAGAUUUCCUCCGCCACAGCAUGCUCCCAGCCUUUCGCCUGGAAGAAGAAGGCUCUGAUCAUCAUCUGGGCCAAGGUUCUUCAGCCCUACCCCACCACCCCUUCUGACACGGAAACUCGGUGGCAGGAGGAUGUGUUCUUCUCUGUGGGCAACAUGAUCCCCACCAUCAAUCACACAGUCCUUUUUGAGCUGCUCAAGUCCCUGGAAGCUUCCAGCCUCUUCAUCCAGCUCCUCAUGGCCCUGCCCACCACCAUCUGCCGGGCAGAACUGGAGCGCUUCUUGGAGCACAUGACUAUUGACACCUCUUCAAAGGACGUGGCCUUUUUCCUUGACGUCUGGUGGGAGAUGAUGAAGCACAAGGGCAACCAGCAGGACCCCCUGCUCUCCCAGUUCCGGACGAUGGCCCAUAAGUACCUGGCCUCCUCGGAUGACUUCUCCCACCCUCCAAAGAGGUUUAAGUCAGACCCAGACGUGUGUCCAACCAUGCCGCUGCUGGCCAUGCUGCUCACCGGGCUGAAGCAGAUCCAGAGCAGGAUCCUGUGCCCCGGGAUGAAGUGCUGCACCUUAGCCAACUUGGCUGACAUGCUGACCGUGUUCGCACUGAUGGAGGAUGACCCUCAGGAAGUGUCCGCGACCGUGUAUCUAGACAAGCUGGCCACGGUGAUCUCUGUGUGGAACUCGGACACCCAAAACCCAUAUCACCAGCAAGCACUGGCCGAGAAGGUGAAGGAGGCUGAGCGGGAUGUCAGCCUGACCUCCCUGGCCAAACUGCCAAACGAGACCAUCUUCGUGGGGUUCGAGUUCCUGCGCAGCCUGCUGCGGGAGUGGGGCGAGGAGCUGCAGGCCGUGCUCAGCAGCAGCCAGGGGAUGAAUUACGACAGCUACCGGCUGUGCGACAGCCUGACUUCCUUCAGCCAGAAUCUGAAGCUCUACCUGGAGACCACCAGCCUGUCCAAGGAGGAGAGGCAGGUGGUCUCUGAGCUAGUGGAGUGUGUAGGGGACUUCCUGAGAAACACCAACAGGGUGCUGGAGAACAAGGGCCCGGAGAAGGACAUCACUGCCUCCAUCGCCAUGGCCAUCAUCGAGCAGAAGAUGGACCGGCACAUGGAAAUGUGCUACAUUUUUGCUUCUGAGAAGAAGUGGGCCUUCUCAGAUGAGUGGCUGGCCUGUCUGGCCAACAACAGGGCCCUCUUCCAAGAGCCAGGCCUGGUGUUAAAGCUGCUGGAAACAGUGAUGGACGUCGGCACGAAUGACUGGGCCGUCCCUGAGCCUCAGAUCAAACAAGUGAUUGGCUUGAUCCUGGAGUGUUACGCACACCUCUCACUGCCAGAUAAAAAUAAAGUCCUCUCAGGCGUCCUGCUUUCCUGGGGGCGCAAGGGCCUCUCGGAGAAGUUGUUGGCUUACUUGGAGGGGUUUCAGGAAGACCUCAACACGACCUUUAACCAGCUCGCGCAGAGCGCAUCCGAACAGGGCUUGGCGAAAGCCAUAGCUUCUGUGGCCCGCCUGGUGAUUCUGCACCCGGAGGUCACGGUGAAGAAGGUGUGCAGCCUGGCUGUGGUCAAUCUCGGCACCCACAAGUUCCUGGCACAGAUUCUGACUGCCUUUCCCGCCCUCAGGUUCACGGAGGAGCAGGGUCGAAAUCCAUCCACCACUUUUGUGGUGUCAUGCCUCAAAGAAACCGUCUGGACGAAGUUAUCCACGCCCAGGGAAGAGAAGCAGUUUCUGGAGCUCCUGAGCUGCCUGGUGAGUCCCGUGAAGCCCCAAGGGAUUCCGGUUGCUGCUCUUCUUGAACCAGAUGAGGUGCUCAAGGAAUUCGUCCUGCCUUUCUUGAUGCUGGGUGCCAAAGAGGUGGACCUUGGCCUGAGGAUCUUCACCCAGACUCUCGAAGGAAACGCAUGCCUAGAGGAGUACUGGCUGCAGGCCUGUUCUCCGUUCCCGCUCAUCUUCAGCCUGUGCCAGCUCCUGGAUGGCUUCAGCAGAUACUGGCAGCUCCCCAAGGAGCAGCGGUGCCUCACUCUGGAGGGCAAGGACCGAGCGAUCCACAUCCUGGAGCUCCUCUGCGAGGUGGUCUUAGCCAAUGCCGAGACCUUCUCCCCAGACAUCUGGGUCAAGUCCCUGUCCUGGCUCCACCGGAAGCUGGAGCAGCUGGACUGGACCGUGGGCCUGAGACUGAAGAACUUCUUUGAUGGCCACUUCAAGUGUGAGGUGCCGGCCACGCUUUUUGAGAUCUGUAAGCUUCCUGAGGAUGAGUGGACCUCCCAGGCCCACCCUGGGUACGGGCCCGGCACAGGCCUGCUGGCCUGGGUAGAGUGCUGCUGCAUGUCUAGCGGCCUCUCGGAGCGGAUGCUCGCCCUCCUGGUGGUAGAUGUGGGCAACCCUGAGGAGGUCAGAUUGUUCAGCAAGGGCUUCCUGGUAGCCCUGGUGCAAAUCAUGCCUUGGUGCAGCCCCCAUGAGUGGCAGUACCUCCAACGGCUGACCAGGAGGCUGCUGGAGAAGCAGCUCCUGCAUGUCCCUUACAGCUUGGAGUACAUUCAGUUCAUGCCUUUGCUCAACCUGAAGCCCUUUGCCCAGGAGUUCCAGCUCUCUGUGCUCUUGCUGAGAGCCUUCCAGUUUCUCUGCAGCCAGAGUUGUCGCAAUUGGCUUCCCAUGGAAGGCUGGACUCAUGUGGUCAGACUCCUGUGUAACAGUCUGACCAACCUCCUGGACUCAGUUAGGUUGAUACAAUCAGUUGGCCCUUGGGCCCAAGGACAGGAACAGAACCUGACCCAGGAAACCCUAUUUUUUUAUACCCAGGUGUUCUGUCAUGUUCUGCACAUCAUGGCCAUGCUCCACCAAGAGGUGUGUGACCCCCUCUACGUCUUGGCCUUGGAGAUCCUCACCUGCUACGAAACCCUGAGCAAGACCAACACUUCCGUUAGCUCCUUGCUCCAGAAGGUGAACGAGCAGCGCUUCUUAAAGUCCAUCGCUGAGAACAUUAGCCCUGAGGAGCGGCGCCAAACCCUCCUGCAGAAGAUCAGCAACUUCUGAACUUUGUGGCUCAGAAAACAGCUGGGUCUCUGCUUAGUGGGGUCUGUGAGGGCUGGAGCUGAGAAACACAAACUUUUUUUGGUUAUGUGAGCCCAUAAAUAUGACAAUGACAGUGUAAAGAAAAUAGUUUCUUAGGUAUUUGUAACGUAUAAAUUAUAAUAAAAUUCUCUUUUGAGUUUCA